UACGUGUUAUUGUUAUAAGUAAUAUCAUGAUCAUAGUUAGGGCUACAUACGAUAUGUACCUAUCUUGCACAAUCAUACGGAUUUCCUUCUCGUUGCAUGCGAUGUGCCGAAGAGGAUAGGGUUGGUAGUGCUGCCAAAAAUUAAUCAGAUCAAGCCACACAGUCGGAUACAAUCGCAGCGAGUCUCUUGAUCACAUCAUAGAGCAAGGACACAUCACACGGAGUGCAAAAUGGCUGAUGCAAUUGUUGAACUGUCAGAGGGUGUGAUUUCAGCCAAUCCAGAUGAAACAAACAUGAGCUUCAAUGAUGAUACGAAGAAAGGGCAGGUCAUGACCUUUCACCUCUAUGACCCCAUCAUAUCAGCAUCUGUUCUGAAAGGGCUCAUGCUAUCGCCAUGCCAGCUGAACUCAGAAGUUGAUGACAUGGUGGAGCUGUCCAGUGACAGUCCAGUGAGAAGACCAGAGACUGAGGUUUAUACCAUCUCUACCAAAAAGACUUGUUUGCUGUGUAGCUGUCAUUUCACUUCAAGACAACAACAGAUAGAUCACUACAAACUGGAUUGGCACCGAUUCAACUUGAAGCAAAGGAUGAUGGGAGCUUCACCUGUGACUGAAGAACACUUUGAGAGUAUUUCAGGUGAUGUGUCUAGUAUAUCUGGGAGUGAUUCUUCUACCGAUGACAACGACAGCGCUAAUGACAGUGAUCGCAUGAAGUCUGGUUCCUGCACUUCUGACUCACCAGAACCACACCAUCAUGUCUUGGGUCGUAGGCAUCCCAAAGUGUUCUUUAGGAGUGGUGAGGGGCGGCUCGUGUCAGUGCAGCGAUGUGUUUUGCAUGGUAAAAAGGAUAUUCCGACCACGCAGCAAGAACUUAUUGCCAUGGCAACUCGGCUUCCGGUGAGAAUGAAAUGGCUGAUUCUCAUGAUUGGUGGCGGCCACUUUGCAGGUGCCAUCUUUGAUGGCAAGGAGGUUGUUGUUCACAAGACGUUCCACCGUUACACUGUCCGAGCAAAGCGCGGCACCGCCCAGGGUAUGAGAGAUUCACAACAAGGCGGGAACCAACCAAAAUCUGCAGGAGCCUCGUUGAGACGCUACAACGAAGCGGCCCUUGUCGAUGAUAUCCAUGCACUCCUCGCAAGCUGGGACGACCAGACCAAGGCCUGCCAUCGCAUCUUCAUGAGGGCGCCCAGCUACAACAAGAACGUAUUUUUUGGAGGGAAGAGCCCACCGCUGGAUCGGCAUGACCAGAGAAUUGUUACUAUCCCUUUUGCCACGCGGCGGCCGACCUAUAAGGAGAUCCAGCGGGUUCAUGAUUUGCUGUCAACCAUAGAGUGUUAUGGAGAUGCAAUCGAAGCAGAGAGGCGAAUCGUUGAUGCGCACUCGCCCAAGGCAAAACAGCCAAAGAACAGUGCAAAGACAAAACGGACUGGUGAAAAUACCGAGAAUUCUACAGCAGACAUGGAGAGCAACAAAGAGAAACCGUCAGCUGAUCCUGGUGAGAGCGAAGCUGAGAUUGACUUGGUGUUAGUGGAAGAAGAGAUAUCGACUCUGGAACUUCAGGAGUUUGAGACUAAUGUCAAGAAAUCUCAACGGCCAAAGAAGAAGAAAAAGCCAAAAAAGAAACUGGAAAACAGUGAGCAAGAUGAAUCCAACAAGCAGAUGGAUGUCCUAUGUGAAGCAUGCAGGACAGGUGAUUGGGACCAGCUAAAGUCUUUGAUGAUAGCACACGCAAAUGGAGAGGGUACCAAUACAGGAGUAUCAACAACAGAGGAGAAAAGUAAAUCUGGUGAUGAGGGCGCUGAUCAAAGUGAACACACGAUAAAGCAAGAUAUUCAUCCUCACGACCUUGGAAAUAAGACUUCAGAUGGUGAACCUGAAAAGAAAACUGUACUGAGAGAGGACGGGAACAAGGUUGCCUCCACUGGGAAGGAUGUUGUUUCUGGAGUACCUCACUUAAGCCUGGGAUCUGAGGACAAUGUGGGAGACAAAAGAGACCAAAGGAAACAUGGCCAGGGUGCACUGAUGGUGGACAGUGCAGGGUUGGCAGGGGCGGAGCAGGGCAUGCUGGGUAAUGGACAAAGCAUGAUGGGUAGCAGAGAGGAUAUGGCAGACAUAGUGAACCGUCCUGUCGAUGAGCUGGGCAACACCUUGUUGCAUGUGGCGGUUCAGGCAGAAAGGGCGGUGAUGGUGUGGAAGUUGAUGGAAAUUGGAGCCGAUCCUGCCAUUAAAAAUAGCAAACGUCAACUCCCUUAUGUCCUGUGCAAUGGCAAAGGUCUCAGGAAAGAAUUCCGCAGGUUUAUGGCAGCACACCCAGGGAAGUACGACUACGAGAGAGCUCAGGUACCAAGCCCGUUGACUUCCGACAGGGAGGAGAUGAGAGCCGCAAAAGCAGCCGAGAAGAAGAAAUUGCAGAAAAAGAACAAGAGGAUCCGAGAAAAGGAGCAAAAAGAGGAGCUGAAGAGACAAGAGGAGGAGAGGAAGAUGCGAGAAGCGGAGGAAGAAGAGAAGCGGAGGUUUGCGGCGCUGAGCGACCGGGAGAAGAGAGCUCUGGCGGCGGAGAGGCGAUUUCAGGCUCAGCUCACGGCUCAGGGGGCUAUGACAACGGACACGGUCAUCCUCAAUAACACUAAGCGUUGCUGGAUGUGUGGAGCCAGCCUUGUGGGCAAGGUUCCCUUUGAGUACCUGGACUACAAGUUUUGUACUAUUCAGUGCGUCAAGCAGCACAAACAGCAACAAAAGACACCAACUACGUGAUGAGAGACAACAUCAGCUA